AUUUGUUUUUUUUUUAUUAAAAUUUUACCUCUGGUUCCUAAAAUCAGUUGUGGGAUUCGAAAAUAUCACGUGACCUAAUUUGCUUUGCAUUCCUGAAAUACGUGCGGCAGUUUGACUAUUCAAAUUACUUUUUAUCGUUGCGUUUGAAAAUUGAAUUUUAAAUGUCCCUUAUUACGUAAGUAGUGUGCUGUCUAAGUUAUUAGAUGGUAAAGUAUACGUAGCUGAAACCCUGGUGAGUACUUCUUUUUUUAUUUAUUUGCUAACUACCUACAGCUGUUUUCAAUAUAAUUGUGCGUGAUUUUCAAAUAGAUUUGUGAAUUCAAAUUUAGCGUUACUUUUGGCCUAUCUCGCUAUUUUGCUAUAAUAGCCUACCUACCCGCAUAAAAGUUUAUUUGUAUUGGGCCUAGUUCUUGCUUAUAUUUCGUAAUUUACUGUUACCUACAGUAAAGAAAAUGUCAAAUCAAGGUCAUGAAAGGAGAAGUCUCUCUAGAUACCGCGCCUCGCUUUCCGGGCAUGGUACCGCACCAUGAUUCUGGCCGUAGGCGUCGAAGAAGGGCAACGCCGCUCCACACCGCCGCGACUCCAUGAACCGAACGCUGACUGUUUGCCUGCGCUGUCGCCACCACGGCUGCGACCUGUGACCGCGACUGUAGCUGAGCAACAGAGGUCGGUGGUGGAGGGUCGAGAGUCUGCUAUGCAGUCUUCGCCAGGGCGUCCUGUGAGCGCAAUGACGGACCGCGAUGCCAGCGGAACCGAUCGUAUCAUCGAGGCGAUACGUUCAAUCAAUACGACGGUGCAGACGAUGAUGACAAUAUGGAGUCCACGCCUGAGCAAGCUGCCAGGAGCAACAAUGUGCCUCGUGAACGUACUGCGGAGCCCGUGCCCUACUGCUCUGCGGGCAUCCAGCAGCAUGAGACAACGGAGCACGAGGACGUCCUCCAGUCAGGAGAGGCCGUGUUGGAGAAAUCGUCACAACACGUCAUCGUGGAGGGGACAACGCGUAGUGGUGGUGUUAGAGACUAUAAAAGGCGGUGCGCGCUUCAUUCGAGAGAAUCUUCGGGUACCGUCAACUAGUUUAAGGGGGACCCCUGUCCGUUUGGAAAGUCAACCUGCUCAUUUUUGUUUUUGUUGUAAAUUAGAUUUAUGA